AGCUCCGCGACAGUAAACAGGAAGUGGAGUGCGCUGUGGGGCACUCACUGUCCGGGUGAAAGAGGAAAGGGGUUCCUGACCGAGGCUCUCGCUCCGGCGGCGUAGGCCUUCUUGAACCCUCCCUGCUCCAGCUCUGCGCGUCCGCGGCCCGGCCCUGGCGCGUCCAGGCGCCUUGUGCUGAGCGGUUCCCAGCCCGCGGCGCCGCGGGUCCUGAGCAGCAUGGCCGAGUACUCCUACGUGAAGUCCACCAAGCUUGUGCUCAAGGGAACCAAGGCGAAGAGUAAGAAGAAAAAGAACAAAGAUAAGAAGAGAAAAAGAGAAGAAGAUGAAGAAACCCAACUUGAUAUUGUUGGAGUCUGGUGGACAGUAACAAACUUCGGUGAAAUCUCAGGAACCAUAGCCAUUGAAAUGGAUAAAGGAACUUACAUACAUGCACUCGACAAUGGUCUCUUCACACUGGGAGCACCACAUAAAGAAGUUGAUGAGGGCCCCAGUCCUCCAGAGCAAUUUACUGCUGUCAAAUUGUCUGAUUCCAGAAUUGCCCUGAAGUCUGGCUAUGGAAAGUAUCUUGGUAUAAAUUCUGAUGGACUUGUUGUUGGGCGUUCAGAUGCAAUUGGACCAAGAGAACAAUGGGAACCAGUCUUCCAAGAUGGUAAAAUGGCUCUACUGGCCUCAAAUAGCUGCUUUAUUAGAUGCAAUGAAGCAGGCGAUAUAGAAGCAAAAAAUAAAACAGCAGGAGAAGAAGAAAUGAUAAAGAUCAGAUCCUGUGCUGAAAGAGAAACCAAGAAAAAGGAUGACAUCCCAGAAGAAGACAAAGGAAAUGUAAAACAAUGUGAAAUCAAUUAUGUAAAGAAAUUUCAGAGCUUCCAAGACCACAAACUUAAAAUAAGUAAAGAAGACAGCAAAAUUCUUAAAAAGGCUCGGAAAGAUGGAUUUUUGCACGAAACACUUCUGGACAGGAGAGCCAGAUUGAAAGCUGACAGAUACUGCAAAUGACCUGGAUUUUUGUUUUUUCUUAUGUUUGUUUUUUCUGAAUAAAGUGUUCAGUGAAGUACUUUUA